GGCUCUCACUGGCCGGCGCUGAGUCUGCGCGCGCAUUUCGCCUCCCCGCAGCCGUGCCGGGGUAGUUCGCGUGUCCGCCAUGGGGUCCGGGUUGAUCGGGCACCUGGCCCCGCGCCUAGGCCUCGCCGAGCCUGGCGUGCUGAGGAAAGCAGAGGAGUACUUGCGGCUGUCUCAGGUGAAAUGCACUGGCCUGUCUGCACACACCACAGAAACCAGCAAUGCAGUCAUGUGCCUGGACCUUGCAGCUUCCUGUAUGAAGUGCCCCUUGGACAGGGCUUAUUUAAUUAAACUUUCUGGUUUGAACAAGAAGACAUAUCAGAGCUGUCUUAAAUCUUUUGAGUGUUUACUGGGCCUGGAUUCAAAUAUUGGAAUAAGAGACCUCGCUGUACAGUUUAGCUGUACAGAAGCAGUGAACAUGGCUUCAAAGUUACUGCAAAGCUAUGAGUCCAGUCUUCCCCAGACACAGCAAGUAGAUCUUGACUUAUCCAGACCACUUUUCACCACUGCUGCACUACUUUCAGCAUGCAAGAUUCUAAAGCUGAAAGUGGAUAAAAACAAAAUGGUAGCCACAUCUGGUGUUAAAAAAGCCAUAUUUGAUCGUCUCUGUAAACAAUUAGAGAAGAUUGGGCAGCAGAUUGACAGAGAACUUGGAGAUUCAGAUACUCCACCACGGAAAAAAAAGAAGACAGUGGUCGAACCCCCAGCAAAGGAAAUAGAGAAAGUAAUAGAGAUACCACAUAAACUGCAGAAAGAUGAAGAUCUGACACAGGAUUAUGAAGAAUGGAAAAGAAAAAUUUUGGAAAAUGCUGCAAAUGCUCAAAAGGCUCCAGCAGAGUGAUUUCAGCUUCCAGACUGCCAUGAUGCAAACUGAAGUACAGUGCCACCUCCAGGCCGAUUUGAGGGCUUUGGAAUUUUGUUUGAACUUUUUAUAACAGAGAUCCUAAGACUGUUGCCUCCAUAGCAAAGAAGGGAGCACUGGGCAGCGGGCUGCCCCUGACGUGGGCAACAUUAGAUCAACUACAGUGCCUCACUGGAAUAGCCUCAGGUGCUCCUACAAAAUGGAAUUGGAGCCAUUUUGCUUUGCUUUGUUUUAGGUGAAUGGCAGC